GGGUCGAUACGUGAGCCAUGAUUACCCCGUGACAACACCUGCUCAUACAUAGGUAGAUACUAAUAACUCUUCGUGUUCAGGUGUUGCAUCGACAAGGCUAGUAGCGCGGAGCUAUCCGAAGCAAUAAAUUCCAUGUUCCGGUGGUACCAAGACUCAAGGAUCUGCUAUGCUUACUUAUCCGAUGUUUCGAGAGAUGCACCAUUGACAUUGGACUCGGAGUUCUCAAGGAGUCGCUGGUAUACACGGGGUUGGACGCUUCAGGAGCUAAUAGCUCCGGCUGACCUUCGCUUCUACUCAAAGGACUGGUGUCUUCUAGGCAACAAGUCUGAACUGUCCCCGAUUAUUCAUUUCAUCACUCAUAUCGAACCCAAGUUCCUAGACAGCAAGAACCUCGAGCUGGCAAGCGUGGCUAAGAGAAUGUCCUGGGCAUCGAACCGAAACACAUCUCGGGUCGAGGAUAUUGCGUAUUGCUUGCUCGGAAUUUUCGAUGUCAAUAUGCCCUUGCUAUACGGGGAGGGAAAGAAAGCCUUCAGAAGGCUUCAGGAAGAGAUUAUCAAAGUGAGGUUCGAUGAUCAUUCUAUUUUCGCGUGGGGCACCGUAGUCCCAAGAUCUUCGAUAUACUUUAUUGAUGACGACGUGUUGUGGGGAAGAAAGGAUAUCCCAUGGUCAGAACCGGUGCCUCUCCUUGGAUUACUCGCAGAGUCCCCGAGAGAUUUCGCAUCUUCUGGAAAGUUCAUUCCUUCGCCAGUAGCCGAUGGGUAUUAUCGGCAUCGUGAUCGGGCCAAUAUCCCUUUACCAGUGGUAGCUGGUUCUGAGAUCCGUAUUCAAUUGCCAAUUGCAUAUGAGGGUGACACGGUAUAUCACUGGAAGCGACCACGGAUAUCGCAAAUACGCUCGGGUUUGGUCGUAAUCUUGCCCUGCGGCGACGAGGAGCAUCGUCAUUGGCUGCUUCGCAUUCCCUUACAGAUAUCAGGGCAAAGAAACUAUGGAAGGACGAAAGAAUUGAUUUUUGAUGACGAGUUUAACUUAAUUAACGAAUGGGAACGUGCAUUAGACAACACAGAGUUGCUUCAUAUCGCACCCGAGAAACGGAAAGUACUCGGUUGUGGUGACGUCAUUAUACAAAGACAUAUCCUUGGACACUCACAUAAAUGGUUUUAUGUGGCUACUGUCUCUGGUGUCGAUUAUUCCGGUGGCGAGCAGCUGGCUGCGGUGAACGGUCAAGUCUAUGGUCAUUUGUUCGAAUUCCGCUACGAACUAAAGACAAUAGGAGAGGAUUAUGGCUUUUCUCUGCUUUUUAGUCGACAUCUUCAGCUAGGGGUUUUACAUGACGGUCACUUGUUCGUUGGACUCGCUCCAGUGCAUUUCCGCAAUUUGCCCGAUUCUCAGAGGUCAGUAAAUUAUAAAGGAAUUCAAUGGCAAGACUGCCGCCAGGACACAAAACCGAUGUUCUCUCACGCCAUGGCAAUCCCUUCAGAUAUCUGGGAGUUGGAUGCUAAACCCUUCCCCCUGAUAACCGUUAGUACCAGGCAUGGAAUCCUAACAACAGCUCAUUCCCUUAGUGACCUUCCAUCAAGGCCUCAAGUUACUUACAUAGCCGCGAUUGCUAUCAAUCUUGUACUUAUGGAGGCUCAACCUUGGUACCAAGGCCUGAUUCAUAUACGGUGGAUCUUUGAAGUCUAUUAGUACGCGAAACCUGUACGCAUAGGUACUUAGGUUAAUGAAAAAUUGAAGGUUGAAACAUUUGAUGAUGAGACAUGUUUGUUUCGUCUAAUGAUCGCUGCCAGCGUCGACGUUUCG